CUCCAACCCGUCCAAACCUUUUCGAGCCGAUCGCCUCCAAGAACAACCCGUUCCGUCUGUGUCUCGCGUUCCUAAUUUUCUGCUCUAUCGAUCCGCACGCACCCAAGCCAGCAACACCGGCGCGUCCUCCGACGUUCCUUCUCGAACAAUCUACAAGGGAUCAACUGUGAAUGUUCUAAAUGGAGUCAAAAGCUGGCAAGAAAUCUAGUAGUAGUAGUUCCAUGUACGAAGCUCCCCUCGGUUACAAGAUUGAGGACGUUCGCCCUGCCGGAGGAAUCAAAAAGUUCCAGUCUGCUGCUUACUCCAACUGCGCUCGCAAGCCAUCCUGAUAUUCCUACACAUGCCUUUCGACGUAGAGUAGCAAUUUAACUGCAAUUUUCCCUAAUUUUUUUGCAAUAAUUCUCCCUUGGCUGGCUGCUUUCUCUGCCACUUCCCUUGUCCUCUCCAAACCCUCGUGCCCUCUGUCAUCAUCCUCUGUUCGUCCUUGCAACACUCCAUCCGAUGGAAAUGUCUUUGGCUGAUUGUUGGGGCUCUUCCCCUGCCUCCCCUAUUGGGUUUGAGGGGUACGAGAAGCGCCUUGAGAUAACAUUCUCCGAUGCCCCCGUCUUUGUGGACCCCUCCGGCCGUGGCCUCCGCGCCCUCUCUCGCGAGCAGAUCGACUCGUUCCUUGAUCUUGCACGGUGCACCAUUGUGUCCCAGCUUUCAAACAGGCAGUUUGACUCGUAUGUGCUGUCAGAGUCAAGCCUGUUUGUGUACUCUCACAAGGUUGUACUGAAGACCUGUGGAACAACAAAACUUCUGCUGUCGAUUCCGCGCGUCCUUGAGCUUGCUGCAGAGCUGUCCCUGCCUGUUCUCUCGGUGAAAUAUUCUCGUGGGACGUUCAUCUUCCCCAGUGCCCAGCCAUCGCCGCACCGCAGCUUCUCGGAGGAGGUAUCUGUGCUGAACGGCUUCUUUGGUGGCCUCAAGUCAGGUGGCAAUGCAUAUGUGACGGGUGACUCGUUCAGGCCCAGGAAGAUGUGGCAUGUCUACUAUGCCACGGAGGAGCCUGAGCAGCCUAUGGUCACCCUUGAGAUGUGCAUGACCGGGCUGGAUACUAAGAAGGCUGCAGUGUUCUUCAAGAAUUCUGCCGAUGGUGGUUGCUCAUCAGCGAAGGAGAUGACAAAGGCCUCAGGGAUUUCUGGCAUCAUCCCUGAGAUGGAGAUCUGCGACUUUGAUUUUGACCCGUGUGGGUACUCGAUGAAUGGCAUCUGUGGGCCCGCGGCCUCCACAAUCCACGUCACUCCUGAGGAAGGUUUCAGCUAUGCAAGUUAUGAAGUAAUAAAGGUCAAUCCUGGCUCUGUUGUUUACAGUGACCUGAUCAAGAGGGUGCUGGCCUGUUUCUGUCCCUCAGACUUCUCGGUGGCCGUCACCAUCUUCGGUGGGCGUGGAUUCGCCCAGACAUGGGCAACUGGUGCGGAGGUUGGUUCCUACAUGUGCGAUGAUCUCGUGGAGCAGGUACUUCCUGGCGGUGGCCUGCUGGUGUACCAGAGUUUUACUGCUGUAACCCCGGGCGCGGUGUCGCCUAGGUCGACCUUGGAUGUCUGGAACAACGAAGGAAUGGAGACGACUGCGAAGGGUGAGGAGAUGUGCAUUGACUGGGAGGUGGAGAAGAAGGUUGUCAAAAAAGAUGUUGUCGUCUGAGAAAACUUUAGGAGCUCUUGCCUCAAAUUGUGGCAAGCUGAAGCUGAGGUUUCUAAGAAGUUCCGCAGCUGCCUAGGUUGCCGGCAAAGCUGUAUACUGUUUUUCUCUUUUCAUAUUUACCUGCCCAAUAAGUGCUCUAGAUGGUUUGCUGCGUCUGCCAUAGUGAGCAGAAGUCAGGUUGAUAGUAGUAUUUGUUUCAAUUGCCAAAGCUCUGUUGGGGAGAACGAUAUUGUAAUUUGUAACACGACUAUCUUCAAUUAUAAUUCAUAUGUCGAAGUUUUUAUCCA